AUGAAUCUCAAAGCAUUCGCCAUUGUGCUUUUGACAACAGUUCUUCUCUGCCAAAACACCCACUCAGCGACUUUGAGAAGUCGUAAGUCCAUUGUCGGCCAUGCAGCUGUGGGAUCGAUACAAGGUGGUCAAACCUUGUCACCCGUUCAGGUUCUUGAUGAGUGGUGUACAAACCUGACGACACAUCUCAACACAACUUUGGAAAAGUUUGUAAGUGAACUAUAUAUAGAGGAUACUUUAUGGCAAUUGUGGGCGUGCGCUAUUUAUGCACGAGUCGUUGACGAAUCAGAAAUCGAACGAGUGAGGGCAGCGAACAAGUGAGAUUUCUAUUACAUAAACAACGAGGCACUUUCCAUGUGGUAUUGUGUUUAUUAUAUACAUACUGAGACAUUCAUCAUCUUGGCGGCCUUUUUAUUUCAAAUCUCUCCAAAAUGCCUUUGGAGAGUACUAAAUUUUGUUUUGGAUUGCAGUGGGAUACUAGGAUACUACUAGGAUACUUUCGUUAGUCUCCGAUCGCUAACUAACUGUGUACUGUAUUUUUUAUCCCAGGCAUCUAUCCCUUUCAACAGAUCAAUGGGCAGCUCCUACAUUUCAGCCUCUUCAGGAGUGACGGUGAGUGCAGUGCUUUAAGACAAUGAAAGAUACCACAAAGUUGCAAAUUAAAACAGUGAAAGCGACGGUUAAGGCACCUUAUAACUUUGAAAGAAGAUAGAUCCGUGAAACGCACCAAUCACAUUUAGAGUCUUCAGUCACAACCAAUAACAUCACAGCUUACUUGUCAGACGACCAAUAACAUUGCAAAUUAAUUGACCAAAGCGGUCCGUCAAUAACCAGAGAUUAAUUCCAUCAAAUGACGUGAUACAACUCACUUUGAAUCUGAAGAUGACUACUGCACAGGUUGUCCAAAACCUCAGUCAUGAUCACUGUUAACAACAUUCCUAUUCAGGGCUUUACUCCGCCGAACGAUCACAUUCCACCUAUACUUACGAAGGUAUAGUAGUAUAGUAGAGAUUACUGAUCAUGGAUCUUUAUUCUCCCUCAGGUAUUGCAGAGGUUGACUUUUGACUUGAAUCAUAUCAAAAUCUACUCUUUAUUGUUUAGUCAAAUUCCAAGUGUCAUGACAGGUCCACAGUCUGAUCUGUGCUUGAAGGAUGGUGUUCGCCUCUUGUCAGGUCUCAUUAUUGGUAUGGAUGUGGCGGUAAGUUAUUCAUAUCUCAAAGCUUAAACUUCAGUUAAGGACUCCUUCAAUGUCAGUGUCAACUGGCGCUUAAAGUAGUUUUUAGGACUCCUCUUCGACUUUGAUCGUUUGUUUUCCAGUUUUAAGAGCGAGACCACGUAAUCUGGAAACUGUUUUCAAAUUUUGUCUCAUUUGCGUACCUAUGAAAAAAGGCUAAAAACAAAUUCCCUUGAAACCGUCACAUGACCAGAAAUGGGGCAAAAAUCUGUUUAUUGCUAUGACACGUUAUAGGCUCACAUCAUUGCCUAGAAAUUCAAUGUCUAAAUAAUACAAACGAGAGAUGCGCCAAUGACAUGUUACACCAAAUUAAAUCGUGUCUUUCCCACGCUUUGCCGUUGGUUUCAGGCUCACGACGCCCCAGUUUUUAAUCCAGGUUAAGACUUUUCUUGUCCUUCGAUGUAUUGUAAAUAUGAUUUAUCAACAGGCAUUUUAAUUCCUUUAAAUGAGUCCCCUCUCAAGAAGUGAAAAAGAUGAACGAUUUCUGUGAAAAUUCCAAAUCAUCGUAUGCCAUCUUCAUAACUUUAAGAUCUUAUCAGUUAUCACUAUUUUAGCUUAUUUUCUCUAUUUCUCACAAUAGGAAGCCUACUUAAACGGUACUUCUUCAUCGCCGCCCCAGUUCCUUCAUGGGAAUAAGCUUGGCAGCCCAGCUCGGUACCAGGACCUCAGUCGUGAAAUGGCAGUGCUUAAAAGUCAAAUGAGAGAACUGGUCAUUAUUAUUGGCAAUAAUAUGUUUUCCAGCUCAGCGCACGUCGUUAGUGUAUAA